AAAAUGGGACCUGCAUCGAUCUAGAGCUGUCUUAGAAUGAACUAUAGGGGCUACUGUCAAAGGUUGAAUGCUGGUCUAUUUCUUUUGUUUUUAUAUCAAAAGGUAAGUUUGAAACCUUAGCAUUUCUUGUUUAAGGUCACAGAUUAUCAUAAUCAAGGGUGCUUAAUGUCAAAGUGGAAUGUCAAUUUACCUAAUUUGUAGUCGAUUAUGGAAAUCAACUGAAAGAUUUUAACGAACAUCUCAGACCUUUUUGGUCAAAUAUAUGCAAUGAAAGCCUACCUUCUGAAAAAAAAAUUAUUCUUCAGACAUGACCAGUUAAGAUAGAGAUGCUAAAUGACCAAAUUUUCCAUGGAUGUUCCACUUCAAUAAUGCUUAGAAUCCCAACUCAAAAGUUGAAUCUUUAUCCCUUUUCCACGUUUCCCUCUUAACGAUUGUGAAAUGUCCUUUCUCAUUGCAUAAGCAAAUUCACCCUUUAUAUAAAGUAGUUGGUUUUAGUUGCUGUAGUGGAGUAGUUGCUCUUACUGCGUACAUAGAUAAGAAUUGCAAGGAAAAAAAAAAAACCAAGAAAUCAAUUCUCACGACAAAAGAGAUAUUAUGUCAAUGCUUUUAGAAAGAAAUGGCAAGAUGGGUAACCCUUUUCUCCAUGAAUUCAAGAGGCAAGCAUCUUUCUUCUUGAAAGAAAAGAUCAAGACUGCUCGCUUGGCACUAACGGAUGUUACACCAACAGAAUUAUUGACAGAAGAAGCUACAAGUGGAGAUUUUUGGGCACCAGAUACACGUACUAUGGCUGUCAUUUCGAGGGCUGCCUUUGAAGUUGAUGAUUAUUGGAGAAUUGUGGACAUUCUGCACAAAAGGUUGAUGAAGUUUGAUAGAAAAACUUGGCGAGUCUCUUACAAGUCCCUCCUUGUAUUAGAACACCUUCUAACCCAUGGACCUCUAAGAGUUGUUGAUGAGUUUGAGAGUGAUAAAGAGGUCAUUAAGGAAAUCGGAAGCUUUCAAUUCGUUGAUGAGAAAGGAUUCAACUGGGCCUUGAGUGUUGGAAACUUAAGUGCCAGAAUACUAAAGCUGCUUGAAGAUGAGCAAUUUCUUAAAGAAGAGAGAGCAAAAUCUCGAAAGCUAUCUCGAGGGAUUCAAGGGUUCGGGAGCUUCUCUCCUCGCUCAUCUACAAACGAUGGAAGCUUCAAAGACUUGGCCGCCUUUAGAUCAUGCACAAGAUGUAAUUCUAACUGUAGUGAUCAGCACAGCCAAGAAUAUCAUUUCUUGCCAUACGACGAUCAUUUUUCGCUCAAGGAACCUCAAAAACUCUACGAGGACAUCAGCACAGCACUUGAAAAUAAUGGGAAGAGUAGAGAAGAGGAAUAUACAUUAAUGGAAGACCAUCCAUUCUGCUACACUGAUCAUGAUACUAAAGAGACCCUUCUCUCUACUAUUUAGAAUGAAAUGUGCCAAUGCUUUUUUUUUACUUCUUUCAUUUUUUCCAAUUCUUAGGGCUAUUGUAUUAUAAUUGAGAUUAUUAUGUGGUACCGGCUUAUACACUGUGUAUAUGUGUGUGCGUGUGUGUAUAUAGUUGAUCCCAUGCAAUGAUCUCUGCAGCAUAGUCUGUCAGGGUCUUUGAAGACUUGCCGUGAAUUUGUAUGUUGAUGCCUGGUGCAUGUGGAUAUGCAUGCCUAGCUACAAAAAUUAGGUUGACUACUCAAUUUAGUUGUUUUUGA